AUGGGUGCCAGCAAUGCACCCAGUCGGACAACUUCCUCUCAUCGCCCAGCGGGGACCGUCCAACAGACCUCGCCUUUGCAAUCCCGCUCCAGAUCACGUAUCCAAGGCCUAUUGAUAGGCCCUGGGAGGAGUGGCGAGCACCCAAGCGGCAAAUAUAGCAAUCAAUCACGCCAUGGAAACCACUCCUGGAAUGGGCUCACCUCCAUCAGAAUAGGGCGCCGGCGCAAACAACCUGCUCCCUCGGAACCACCCCCAGCUGCUCAAGAACCCCAACUGUAUUUGAGCCACUCCGCCAACCCACCUCAAUCUGCCAGCGCUGGACAUCAGAGACCACAUUUGCCCAGCCACCAUUCUGUGGUCGGCAGACCCGUCAAACAACCCUCUGGUGGUAGCAAUCUGGAGGCUUUCCAAGCCUUGCAUCUUGAGCAGGUCCCGCCUCCCCCAGCCGGUCACCCCCGCCGAGGACAACAGCAGGGAGAGGCCGGCCCGACGGCGAGGGACAAGUCACACACUUCUCAGAGCCGGGGUCGAAAAUCACGUCCCAAACAUGGCCCUUGCGAUGCCCAGCCACACCCCAAGCAGGAGAUCCCCUUGGGCAUGCUGAAUGAUGACCAUUUAUCUUGGGAGGUCAAACACAUUGGGUGA